AUGAGAGGUCAAACUACGGUUGUUGUCGUCGUCGCACUUUUUGCACUGUUUCUGUUCUUGUCUACCUGCGUAGCGGUAGACACGGCAGGCGAGGAAACUUCGUGUCCCAAGCAGAUGUCAAACAGUAACGUCAACAACAUCACCGUGGUGGCUCCGGCCGGACCGAAGGGUGACACGGGCUCGCCGGGACCGAGGGGCGUUCGGGGAGAGAAGGGAGAGGCGGGCCGUCCCGGGAAGAUGGGGCCACACGGACGGGAGGGCCAGAAAGGUGAGAAAGGGUCCACGGGGCAGAAAGGCAGCCAAGGCACUGAAGCGUUUGGCGGCGGGGCUGUUUACAUCAGAUGGGGACGGACGUCGUGCAAGGAGGGUGUGGGCACCGUGACUGUGUACUCUGGGUUCGCCGGUGGAGCACGCUUCAACCAGAAAGGGGGAGGGAGCAACUAUCAAUGUCUCCCCGCCUACCCGGAGUGGGGGUUGUACAUCGAUGGGGUCGAUGGAAUCAAGUCCUACAUGUACGGGGCGGAGUUCCAGCUCACAGAAAACGCGCCAUACGACGAUGAGAAACUUCACAACCGCGACGUGCCCUGCGCGGUCUGCUACAGUCUCUCCCGCCGCGCGCAGCUGAUGAUCCCCGCCCGCACGACCUGCCCGGACGACUGGACACGGGAGUACGGAGGCUACCUGAUGGCUGCGUACCGUGACCACCCCAGCCGUUCGGAGUUCGUGUGUAUGGACGGGGAGCCCGAGGUGUUACCCGGCGGGGAGGGGGACGUGGACGGCGCGCUGUUCUACCUUGUGGAGGCCCGCUGCGGCCCGCUACCCUGUCCACCGUAUGUGGAGGGGAGAGAGCUGACGUGCGUCGUCUGUACAAAAUAA